ACAAUUUUUUUUUUUCAUUACGUUGAAAAAGUGAACUUCUCCCUGCUGAUUUUCCUUAGCCAAGGUGCUAUUUUAUUCAUAAACCCAACAUUUAUUAAUACAAUAAAUAAUAAUAAAAAUAUUAAUUAAAAUUAUAAAUUAAAAUGGCACUUUUAGUGAGAAAUGUCUGCAAGGCUUUGUCCCAGACAACCCAAAAAGGUGUAGUGAGAAAUUUGAGUACAUCAUCUGUUCUUCAUCAAGAAACGUUUAUUGAACAAGAAGGAAAAACAAAAUGUACAUUGAUACCUGGAGAUGGUGUUGGUCCAGAGCUUGUUGUUUCUGUUCAGCAAGUAUUCAAAGCUGUAAACGUACCAGUUGAAUUUGAGCCUUAUUUUUUAUCUGAAGUUAAUCCAACAUUAAGUGCUCCAUUGGAACAAGUGUCAAACAGUAUUGCAAGAAACAGAGUUUGCUUAAAGGGUAUUCUUGCAACUCCUGAUUUUUCACAUACUGGUGAACUUCAAACUCUCAAUAUGAAAUUACGUAAAAAUUUAGAUCUUUAUUCAAAUGUUGUACAUGUUAAAUCAUUACCUGGUGUUAAAUCACGUCAUUCAAAUGUUGAUUGUGUUAUUAUACGUGAACAAACUGAGGGUGAAUAUUCAGCACUUGAACAUGAAUCAGUACCAGGUGUUGUUGAAUGUCUUAAAAUUGUAACUGCAAUUAAAUCACAAAGAAUUGCUAAAUUUGCAUUUGAUUAUGCUGUUAAAAAUAAUCGUAAAAAGGUAACAUGUGUUCAUAAAGCAAAUAUUAUGAAACUUGGUGAUGGAUUAUUCUUAAAAUCAUGCACUGAAAUUGCAAAAUUAUAUCCAAGAAUUCAAUUUGAAGCAAUGAUUGUUGACAAUUGUACAAUGCAAAUGGUAUCAAAUCCACAUCAAUUUGAUGUUAUGGUUACUCCAAAUUUGUAUGGUAAUAUUAUUGAUAAUAUUGCAUCUGGUCUUGUUGGUGGUGCUGGUGUUGUUGCUGGUGCUAGUUACAGUCCUGAAUGUGUUGUUUUUGAACCUGGUGCAAGACAUACAUACUCAGAAGCUGUUGGUAAAAAUGUUGCAAAUCCAACAGCAAUGCUUCUUUGCAGUGUUAAAUUACUUAAUCAUAUUAAUUUAAAACGUUAUGCUACACAAAUACGUGAAUCAUUAAAUCGUGUAUUAAAUGAUGGCAAAAUACGUACAAAAGAUCUUGGUGGUCAAAAUUCAACGACUGAAUUUACUCAAGCUGUUAUUGCUUGUCUUCGUUAAAUUAAUAUCAAAAAUUAUUAUUGUUAAUUAAUUAUUAUUUAACGAAAUAUCUGCUGUAUUUUAAAUCACACCCAAAGAACCUCAAAACAGCUUAGAAAUUGAUUAUUUAGAAUUAAAGCCAUUUUACUUUCCCAGCUUUUAUUGUAACAUCGGUGUUUCUUUUUUUUUUUUCUUUUUUUUUUUCCUCGAAUAUAAUAUAUUUAAAUAAUUGACCGAAAACAGUAUAUGACUAUAUAUUAUGUAUACAAAACUAAUAUACUCUCGUCGAAAUUUUAAUGAUAUUUCAUUGAUUAAUUUAAAUAAAAAUUUUAAAUAAUACAAUUAACAAGUUUCAUCGAGAAUUUGUCUUGAUCUUCUUGAUUAAAAAAAGGCUCAUUUAAUUU